UCGCCAGAGCGGAAAAGCGAGUCCAGGGCAAGAGCUGUCAUUUCUUUCGCAGAUGCACUUUCUGUCGGCCCCCAUGUGGAUGUGAAAACAAAACGCGACAGGCAGCAAAGAGAUGUGUGAUGAAAAACAGUCCUAAAGAACGGCAAGGCCAAUCAGCUACUAUGAGCAGUGAGCUCACAGUGCCAAUGGGCUCUCCAGCUCCUGGUGGUUCAGAACGCCUGCAGGAUGGCGGUGGGAUGGACUACAGGGACUGGGUUCGGCGCAGUUAUCUGGAGCUGGUGACGUCCAACCACCACUCGGUCCAGGCUCUGUCAUGGAGAAAACUCUACCUCAGCAGGGCCAAACUCAAAGCCUCCAGCCGAACCUCAGCCCUGCUGUCUGGCUUUGCCAUGGUGGCCAUGGUGGAGGUGCAGCUGGAGAUGCAGUACAGCUACCCUCGAGUCCUGCUCAUCGCCUUCAGCGUAUGCACCACAGUGCUGGUGGCCGUCCACCUGUUCGCCCUCCUCAUCAGCACCUGCAUCCUGCCCAACGUAGAAGCCGUCAGCAACAUCCAUAACCUCAACUCCGUCUCCGAGUCUCCUCACGAGAGGAUGCACCACUACAUCGAGCUAGCCUGGGGCUUUUCCACCGCUCUGGGCAUCCUCCUGUUUCUGGCCGAGGUGGUGCUGCUCUGCUGGAUCAAGUUCCUGCCGGUUGACUCCGGGGCUCAGUCCGCCUCAGUCCUGGCAGCUCUUAAGCAGAACUGCAGCACUCCUGCUGUCCAGCCUGGCCACAGCGGCUGGCAGGCCGCUUUAGCCUCCACUAUCAUCAUGGUGCCGGUGGGAUUGAUCUUUGUGGUGUUCACUAUUCACUUCUACCGUUCUCUUGUGCGACACAAAACAGAGCGCCAUCAUCAGGAGAUUGAGGAACUGCACAAAAUCAAAGUGCAGCUGGACGGGCACGAGCGUGGCCUGCAGGCGGUCUGAGAUCUUCCAGUCGGGCAGCAAUCCAUCCAUCGCUUGACUUUUUGAGCUUUCAAGCACAUCAGAAACUCCUCCUUGAGUCUUUUCUUUCUGUUUUCUUCUGAGAGGAAAUGCCUUGUCGCUUUAUGGAAGGAUUAUUUGUGCAGAAACUGGAGAGGCUUUACAGCAGCUACAACAAAAAGGUGCACGUUUACAAGAUUUCAACCACAAGGGCUAUUUAUUUAUCUUCCUUUAGGCUUUAGGUCAUGUUUGGAUGCCUCUUUAAGUGCCAUUUUCUGUUUCCAUGCCUUUAAUUGACCCCAAAAUGGAAAUUGAGCCUUUAUAUGCUUCUACUCGUGUCAUUUCAAACCCAUAAAAUAUCUUUGUUUGUUUCGGUGACCCAAAUUUAAUUGCAUUCAAGAGAUUUAUGUCCCUACAUUUUUAAUAAUAUAUGAAUUACCCAUAUAAUCCAAGUCUUCUAAAACCGUUGCUUUAUAUGAUGAAGAGAUUUAUCAGUUUGAUUACUCGCAUUGAUCAGCUAACAGUAACAAAAGAGAGAACAAACCUCACUAGACUGGUUCUUGCUGAAGCUCAAACAUACUAUGUGACUAGCAAGAAUGAACCUCAUUGGUUCUCGCACAUCAAGCAAGCAUGGCAUCUUUGGCCAAAUCUGAAUGCUGUAAACCACAGGUGUCAAUUCCAGUUCCUGGAGGGCCAAAGCUUUGCACAGGUUAGUUUCAACCCUAAUUAAACACACCUGAUCAAACUGAGUCCUUCAGGCUUUUUGAAACCUCCAGGUAAGUGUAUUGGACCAGGGUGGGAACUAAACUGUGCAGAGCUGCGGCC